UCCCAAUAAAAUUUUGUAUAAUGCAUCCUGCUUGAAAACAUAUAUGUAACCCACGUUUAUUGAGGGCAACUUACCUAACGGAAAAGCAAAGUGUCACCAAGUUUAUUGAGGGCAUACCUGGACGUGUAUGCCUUACUUUGGACAUGUGGACUUCCUCUCAGAGCGUGGGUUAUGUGUUUGUUACUGGGCACUUCAUUGAUGCUGACUGGAAGUUGCACAGGCGGCUGCUCAAUGUGGUGAUGCAACCAUAUCCAGACUCUGAUUCUGCUCUUAGUCAUGCUGUUGCUGUUUGCCUUCAUGAUUGGAGUUUGGAAAACAAGUUAUUUUCAGUCACUUAUGAUCAGCCACUGAGUGAGACUGCUCUUGAAAAUCUAAGGCCUCUUCUUUCAAAUAAGAACCCACUUAUCCUCAAUGGUCAACUAUUGGUUGGGCAUUGCAUUGCCCGUACUUUGAGCAGCAUUGCAAAAGAAGUGUUAGCGGCAGGAAGUGAUGUGGUCAAAAAAGUACGGGAUAGUGUAAAGUAUGUGAAGACAUCAGAGUCCCAUGAAGAAAAGUUUCUGGAGCUUAAGAGUCAGCUCCAAGUCCCAAGUGAAAGGAGCCUAUCAAUUGAUGACCAGACUAAAUGGAACACAACGUAUCAAAUGCUGGUGGCCUGUUAUGAGUUAAAGGAAGUGUUUUCUUGCUUGGAUACAUCUGAUCCUGAUUACAAACAAGCCCCGUCAAUGGAAGACUGGAAGCAAGUUGAGACUAUCUGCACAUUUUUGAAACUUAUCUUCGAUGCAGCCAACAUCCUUACCACUACGACUAACCCAACUCCAGUUACUUUCUUCCAUGAAGUGUGGAGGAUUCAGACAGAUCUGACUAAGACGGUUGCAAGUGAGGAUCCCUUCAUUAGCAGCCUAACUAAGACAAUGCAAGAAAGGGUUGAAAAAUACUGGAAGAAUUGUAGCCUGGCUUUGGCAACAGCGGUAGUUAUGGAUCCCAGGUUCAAGAUGAAGCUUGUUGAGUUCAGUUUCAACAAAGUUUAUGGUGAAGAAGCUCCCACGCAUAUCAAGGUUGUCGAUGACGGAAUUCAUGAGCUCUUUCAUGAAUAUUUGACACUGCCUUUGCCUCUCACACCAACUUAUGCAGACGAAGGGAAUAACUACGUUAAGACAGAGGAUUCCCAAGGUGGAGCUAAUCUAACAGACAACGGACUCACGGACUUUGACAUGUACAUCAUGGAGACAACCAGCCAACAGAUGAAGUCGGAGCUGGAUCAGUAUUUGGACGAGUCUCUGCUGCCCCGAGUUCAUGACUUUGAUGUAUUAGGCUGGUGGAAACUGAACAAGAUGAAGUACCCGACGCUUUCAAAGAUGGCUCGUGACAUUUUGUCAAUUCCGGUAUCUACAGUUCCUUCCGACUGUGUCUUUGAUACAACGGUCAAGGAAAUGGAUCAGUACAGGACUUCCCUACGACCAGAGACGGUGGAAGCCCUCAUAUGUGCCAAGGACUGGAUGCAGUAUGGAUCAGCCGACGCGUCCACUGCACUUGUCAGAAUGGAAUAUUAGAUCGUAGGUCUCUUCCACCGUCACGAGCGAUGGACGGGAAGUUGGCCGCCGGGAAGAUGUAUGAUGGUAGGUGUUUGUAUCAUUUAACCUAGUUUACUUCUACCAGUUGGAGUUUUAUCUUUUGUACUAUUUUAAGAGGUGGAAUGCUUGGACAUGAGUUUUUAGCCUUAAUUUAUGGUAGUCUUAAAAUUAUGAUGAUUUACAUGAAGUUUGGGAUAUGGAUGGAGCAUUAUAUGCUUUGUUUUCGAGUUA